AUGAUAGAUCCUCGCAGCAACGUUCGAAACGAGCCUCGUCCGAAAGAUGCUGUGACGACUCGUCCUGACAUUUCUGAUCUCUUCGAUGGUCGUUCACCCGAGCAGCUAGAGAAGGGCGUCCAAGUUGGCCUGCAGUUGAUGGAGGAGCUGACGCGAACCCUAAGAGAGGCGUCGAUUCAAGAAUCUCCCGCUGCGCCUUCCAAAACCAUCAUUGGUGUUCUUGGUGCGACGGGCGCGGGCAAAAGCUCUCUCAUCAAUGCCAUAGUCGAUGAAGAAUGUUUUGUUCCGACCAGCUGCAUGGGAGCCUGUACCGCUGUCGUCACUGAAAUCAGCUACUCCCGGCCAGGAGAUUCCCCAUACGUCGCCGAGGUAGAAUUUAUUUCAAGGGAUGACUGGCGAAGGACACUGGAGGUUCUAUUCCAGGAUCUGUUGAACAGUUCAGGACAAGUAUUUCCAGAAUGCAUGAACGAAAAUUCGGAAGCCGGCAUUGCAUAUGCCCAGGUCAAGGCGGUUUAUCCUGAACUCACCAAAGAAGAAAUGGCCAAGGUCCCUGUCGACAAACUGAUGGAGCAUGAGAACGUCGCCUGUCUCGGCACCAAACGUGAUAUUGAGUCUGAGGAUGGUACAGCUUUCUACAAGGGCCUGCAGCACUUUGUGAGCAGCAAGAACACCAUCGGAGUAAGAGAUAGGGAUGGGAGGGAGAAGAAACCGCGCGAGGUGGGGUUUUGGCCUCUCAUACGGGUCGUAAAACUCUACGUCAAAGCUCCCGUUUUAGCCACUGGUGCCGUGAUUGUGGAUCUUCCAGGUAUGCACGACAGCAACCAGGCUCGCGCAGCUGUCGCAAGAGACUACAUGAAACAUUGUAAUGCACUAUUAAUUGUUGCACCUAUUACAAGAGCGGUCGACGACAAAACAGCACAGACCCUGCUUGGUACCUCUUUCAGACGCCAACUGAAGAUGGACGGAGGCCUCAGUUCGGUGACGUUUAUUUGCAGCAAGACUGACGAUAUCUCGAUCGCCGAAGCCCAGCAUGCCCUGCGGCUCGAGGAAGAGCUGGAACAUUUGUGUACGGAACAGCGAGCCCUAAAAGUUAAGAAGGGAGCAUCGCAGAAGCAGCUCGAAGAUCUCAAACACUCCAAGUCCGACAUGAUAUUAACUCUACAUUCCAUCAAUGAUCAACUAAAAAUCUGGGAAAGAUUGCAGACUGAGUUGGAAGAGGGUAAAACCGUCUUUAAGCCCGAGCCGAAGUCAAAGAAACGCAAAGUCUUAAUUAGGAGCAGCAGCGUGGAGCGACUGGUAGGAGCUAGUAAGACUGAGUCGGGCCGUGACUGCCCAAAUGACAGCGAUCAGCGUGCCAGCACAGCACAAUCUGGCUAUGCAACCUCCAAUACUGGCCACUAUCAGGGCGAAGCCCUUACACACAAUGAGAUCUCAAAGAAGAUCAUCGAGUCCCGAACUGCCAUGGCCGACGGCCGGCGGGAGCAGCACAAGAUUGAGAAGAAAAUCCUGGAAUUGCGAGCUCAAGUUCAAGAAGUUGACAAGAAAUUCGAGAAUAUCUCCGAAAAGCUAUACGCCUGCUGUAUUGCAUAUCGCAACGAGCGUUCACGGGAUGCUAUACGUCAAGACUACGCAGCGGGCAUCCUUGAAUUGGACCAGGAACUGGCCGAGGAAGAAGACGCCGCAAGUUUUGACCCUGAGGUCCGUACGCGUGAUUACGAUGAAGUGGCUCGCAAGUUACCCGUCUUUUGUGUAUCAUCUCGUGCGUAUCAGAAGUUGAAGGGGAGACUCCCCCAAGAUGCCACCCCGCCAGGCUUCAAACACAUUGACGAAACGGAACUCCCUGCACUGCAGGCCCACUGCGUCCAAAUGACCGCCCCUGCUCGUCAGGCGUACUGCCGCAAAAUCCUUUCCAACAUAUUUCACUAUCUAAAUUCACUCCGUCUAUGGGCCUCGAAUGCUAGCCAGGCAAACAAUCUCACUGGGUUAAGAUCAGUUCAGGUAGCUCAAAUGCUGAAAGAGAGGCUCAACAACUUGAAAUCAACGUUGGAAAAGGCAUGCGACGCUUUUGUCGACAGUACUCACGAUCGCCUUGAGACCAACUUCCGCGAAGCGGCUCUCAGUGCUACGGCUUUGGCACGAGCUCAGGCAGACAGUAUCGUUCGCAGAUGGGGUUUGCCUGUCAAUGGGGGUGGUCUCCACUAUUCAACGUACAAGGCUGUGGUUUGCCGUGAUGGACGCUUUGCCAGUUCUCGGGGUUACCUUAAUUUCAACGAGGAUCUGCUUGAACCCCUGACGAGUCACCUCGCCGCACCAUGGGAAUUUGCCUUUGUCAUCGCGAUGCCCGAGAUGCUCGACGAAUUCUCAGCUGAUGUGGUUCACAUGUUCACCACUUUCCACAACGAUGUUGAAAGCGCUGCUGUCGGCAAUGGUGCCUCUGCAGCUGCUUUCGAGAUUCUCAAGCGGCAAAUACGCAUUUAUCAAGAAAAGCUGAGAGAUAUGGCCAAUCAGGCGAAACUUUAUAUUAACAACUUGCAGCGCAACUACAGCCGCUUAUUUGAAACACAAAUCAGUGAGCAUAUGCACGACGGAUAUGCUCUUUGCGCCAACGAGUCCGGCAUGGGAGCGUACCAACGAAUGAAGGGAAAGAUGGAGCGGUAUAUCCAGAACAAGAAGAUGUCCAUGUUUGACAUCAUCUUUAACCACGUCCGCGCACAUAUCAUGCAAAUCCCAACGGCCCUGAGGAAACAUCUGAUCUGGAGCGUUGUUAAUGACAUUCUCAGGAGUAUACAGAGGGAGUAUGUUGGUGUCAUAGUUACCCGAAAGGAUGAGGUCCAAAACCGGCGACUCCUGUACGACAAAGUCCUGAAGAAUGUCGACAGCGUUGAGCUCGGGAUCAAGGACGCUGUUAGCGCCGAGGCUGCACCUACGCUAGAGCCACAAUCACCCACCCAGGGCCAUGCGGGGGAGGCUGAGCCGUCUCUUGUGGCCAAGCAGAAACCUGGAGAGGGAAGGUUCACAGACGACUCCGAAGACGAAUGCAGCGGUGAUUUCUAG